UCCUACAUAUAAAUUCCACUUCGCAUCUCUUUUUCAUUCUUUCCUCUUUCUUUCUAUCUCACACACCUUAGAUGAAGGAGAAGAUGAUGGGUUGCACCGCCAUCUCUGUCCGUUCAACCACCACCACCGUCUACUUCCUCACUAUCCUCUUCCUUUUCUCCUCCGUCCAUUCCUUCUACCUUCCUGGCGUUGCUCCUCGCGAUUUCCAAACCGGUGAUGCUCUCUAUGUCAAGGUGAACAAAUUGUCAUCUACCAAGACUCAGCUUCCGUAUGACUACUACUACUUGAAGUAUUGCAAGCCCUCCAAAAUUGUGAACAGUGCAGAAAAUUUGGGGGAGGUUCUUCGAGGUGAUCGCAUUGAAAACUCAAUAUAUACGUUUCAUAUGAGGAAGGAACAGUCCUGUACUGUUGCUUGCCAUAAAAUUUUGGAUGCUGAAUCUGCAAAGAAUUUUAAAGAAAAAAUUGAUGAUGAAUAUCGAGUGAACAUGGUUUUGGAUAACCUUCCAGUUGCUGUUCUUAGACAACGGAGGGAUGGAAGCCAAUCUACUACAUAUGAACACGGUUUUCGUGUCGGGUUCAAAGGAAACUAUCAAGGGAGCAAGGAGGAGAAAUAUUUUAUCAAUAACCACUUGAGUUUUAGAGUCAUGUAUCACAAGGAUCCUGAAACUGGUUCUGCUCGUAUUGUUGGAUUUGAGGUCACACCAAACAGUAUUAACCAUGAAUACAAGGAGUGGAAUGACAAGAAUCCACAGGUAACAACAUGCAAUAAAGAUACAAAGAAUUUGAUGCAAGGUAGUACUGUCCCACAAGAAGUUGAUACAAACAAGGAUAUAGUAUUCACAUAUGAUGUUUCCUUUAAGGAAAGUGAGAUCAAAUGGGCAUCACGGUGGGACACAUAUCUUCUAAUGAAUGAUGAUCAGAUCCACUGGUUCUCCAUCAUUAACUCUCUGAUGAUUGUUCUUUUCCUUUCUGGAAUGGUGGCAAUGAUCAUGAUGAGAACUCUUUACAGAGACAUUGCCAAUUAUAACCAGCUAGACACCCAAGACGAGGCCCAAGAAGAAACAGGGUGGAAACUUGUUCAUGGAGAUGUUUUCAGGCCACCAAUCAAUUCAAAUUUGCUUUGCGUUUAUGUUGGUACUGGUGUUCAGAUCUUUGGAAUGACACUUGUGACAAUGAUAUUUGCUUUGCUAGGGUUCUUGUCUCCAUCUAAUCGGGGAGGUCUUAUGACUGCAAUGGUUCUACUGUGGGUUUUUAUGGGUUUAUUCGCUGGCUACUCCUCGGCACGUUUGUACAAGAUGUUCAAGGGCACAGAGUGGAAGAGGAAUACCUUAAAAACUGCGUUUAUGUUUCCGGGCAUUCUUUUUGGUAUCUUCUUUGUGCUGAAUGCUUUGAUCUGGGGGGAGCAGUCCUCUGGGGCAGUUCCCUUUGGAACAAUGAUUGCUCUAGUGUGUUUAUGGUUCGGUAUAUCGGUACCCUUGGUCUUUGUGGGCAGUUACUUAGGUUUUAAGAAACCAGCAAUUGAAGACCCUGUGAAGACUAAUAAAAUUCCUAGGCAGGUACCUGAGCAGGCAUGGUACAUGACACCUGUCUUCUCAAUUCUGAUUGGUGGCAUUCUUCCCUUUGGUGCAGUGUUUAUCGAGCUCUUCUUUAUCCUGACAUCAAUAUGGCUAAACCAGUUCUACUACAUCUUUGGCUUCCUUUUCAUAGUGUUCAUUAUCCUAUUGAUCACCUGUGCUGAGAUUACGGUUGUGCUUUGCUACUUCCAGUUGUGCAGUGAAGACUACAAUUGGUGGUGGAGAGCAUACCUCACUGCUGGAUCAUCAGCUGUGUACCUUUUCCUCUACUCAAUUUUCUACUUCUUUACCAAGUUGGAGAUUACAAAGCUGGUCUCAGGCAUCCUUUACUUUGGGUAUAUGAUAAUUGUUUCAUAUGCCUUCUUUGUUGUGACUGGAACAAUUGGCUUCUAUGCUUGCUUCUGGUUUGUCCGCAAGAUCUACUCUUCUGUGAAAAUUGAUUGAUUGAUUGAUUACAAGCAUCAUAAAGUGGACAAUCAUCUGUGACAUGAACACGGAACCUGAGUGGCUGUAGGAAUUUGAGGACUGGAAGCAAAUACCUUUGGGAAGUUCUCUUCCCCUGAGUCUUGAAAACCCAUUUUGUUUAUUGUUAGGAUAGCAAUUUACUGUUAUUUUGUUGCACUGUUUUCUAAUAUUUUUGUGGUAGUUUCUGAAGUAAAGAUGAGAUAUCUCCAUAUUUGUGUCGCAACGUAGUAAUGAUAGAUCAACAAUUAGUCUCGUCAAGGAAUGUUUGGCAUUAGGAACUGAUGAGAUAUCUGCAUAUUUCAAAUAUUUGACAUUAGCUGACAAAACUCUGGUUGAAAUCUGGCACUGUUAAAUGACUGUCUAGAAAGAGACCUCUGAAUGUUUUUUAACAUAAUGACACCGCUUCCGUGAGUAUUAA